GAGACAGCUUUUUUUUUUUCACUUCCUUAUUCCCUGCCAGCAUCAGACACACCCUGGUGUUUCUCAGUCGGUUUGAGCUGGUAUCAAGGUACAGGAGUGGCUAGUUAAGCUUUCAUCAAGACUAAAUGAAGUUGUUUUUCUCUGACAUCUCAGGACGGAGAAAAUACAGAUACCAGACAUUUUUUUCACAAAAAUGGAUAGUUUUUCCUUUUUUUUUCAAACAUGGAAGCAAUUUGAAAGCUGGUGGGAGCAUCAGUUACCUCUGUGAUCUUGGACCUUACACUGGGCAGUGGGACUCCUUUCCCUGAUUCUCCGGUCAGUGUUGCUAUCAGAAUGGCAGAGAAACUCAACCUUCCAGAAAACACAGAUGACUGGACAAAAGAGGAUGUGAACCUGUGGCUAGAGAGUCAUAAGAUUGACCAAAAGCACAGGGAAAUCUUGAUGGCACAAGAUGUGAGUGGGGCAGUCUUGAAGUGGUUAAAUAAAAACAAUCUUGUUGGAAUGGGCAUAACCCAUGGACCAGCUAUCCAAAUAGAAGGGCUAUUCAGAGAACUGCAGAAAUCAUCUUCAAAACAGCCUACUCAGACACCUAAAAGGAAAAAAAGCAACAAAAACACUCCUAAAACUCAGACAGAAAGUACAGAAACUUCAAAGCAAAGCCAAAGGGGUGAAGAGAACGCAGAUAAGGCUGAAGCCUCCGCGGUGAGGCCAGAGGCUAAAGGUGCCAAAUCAGGAAGUGAUGAGCUGACAGAAGGCAAAGCAGAGACACAGGGUAAACAGUCACCUCCAGGACCAACAUGCACUGCAUACCCUUUCAACGAAUUCAGUAAUCCGUAUCGUUACAAAUUACAUUUCAUCCUGCAGCCUGAAACAGGGCCGCUCAAUCUCAUCGACCCGGUACAUGAAUUCAAAGACUUCACAAACACAGAAAAAGCCACAGAAGAGGACAUUAAGAUGAAAUUUAGCAAUGAGAUUUUCCGAUUUGCUUCAGCUUGUAUGAACUCACGUACUAAUGGGACCAUUUAUUUUGGAGUCAAAGACAAACCCCAAGGAAAAAUUGUUGGCGUGGAACUCACCACUGUCACUAAAGACACCCUAAUCAACCACUUCAAUCUGAUGAUAGACCAGUAUUUUGAGGUCCAUCAGGUCCAACAAGCAAAGAAGUGUAUUCGAGAGCCAAGAUUUGUAGAAGUACUACUGCCAAACAGUACUCCAUCUAACAGAUUCGUUAUUGAAGUAGAUGUCCUUCCACAGCACUCUGAAUGCAGAGAAGACUAUUUCCAGAUCAAAAUGCAACAUCUUAAGAACCAAACAUGGCAACAAAGUUCAAAGUACUCAGUCUUUGUUCGAGAUGGGCCCCGAAGUAAGGACAUCAUAGGGAAUAAAGCUGAUUUCAAGGCCUUUAAGUUAGAUUUAAAAACAGUGGCAGACUCUAGGAAAGAAGCAGAAACAAAAUACAAAGAGAAGCCAGAUGGAAACAAGAGUGAGGGACAAAAGCUAAUCGAUCUGUUGACAGGAAACCGGGAUCUGUUAGAUAACUCAUACUAUGAGUGGUACAUACUCGUAACAAAUAAAUGCCAUCCAAAUCAAAACAGUCACUUAGAUUUCCUGAAGGAAAUUAAGUGGUUUGCUGUGUUGGAGUUUGAUCCUGAGUCUGAGAGCAAUGGUGUAGUCAAGGCUUUCAAACAAAGUCGAGUAGCAAACCUCCACUUUCCAAGCCAAUUUGUGGAAGAAAAAACGACAUUAAAUGAGAAGAUUUCCAGCUUGAAUCUUUACCAGCAACCCAGCUGGAUUUUCUGCAAUGGCAGGUCAGACCUGGAGAGUGACAAAUAUGAACCCUUAGAUCCUAUUUCUUGGCAAAGAGAAAGAGCUUCCGAAGUCAGGAGGCUGAUUUCAUUCCUUACACGUGAUGACAUAAUGCCCAAAGGGAAAUUUUUGGUGGUAUUUUUACUACUGUCCCCCGUGGAUGACCCAAGAGACCCUCUCAUUGAGACUUUCUGUGCUUUCUACCAAGACCUCAAAGGAAUGGAAAAUAUACUGUGCAUUUCUGUACACUCGCACAUCUAUCAGGUGUGGAAAGACCUACUUGAAGCAAGAUUAUCAAGACAGCAAGAUGAGUUGUCAAGCCAGAGCAUUUCUGCUUUAAAUCUUGCAGAGAUAAAUGGCACUGUUCUUAAGUUAAAAUCCUUAACUCAGUCUUCAAAGCGAUUCUUGCCAUCUGUCGGCUCAUCUACUGUCCUUCUGAAAAAGGAAGAAGAAAUCAUGACUGCCUUGGAAAUUCUCUGUGAGAAUGAAUGUGAAGGUACACUCUUGGAAAAGGACAAAAAGAAAUUGUUUGAAUUCAAGGCAUCCAAAGAGGAAGACUUCUACAGAGGUGGCAAAGUGUCCUGGUGGAACUUCUACUUCUCUUCUGAAAACUAUUCUUCAUCAUUUGUGAAAAGGGAUAAGUAUGUAAAACUUGAAAAAAAAAUUCAAGAAUGGGCAGAUUCUUCUCAACCAGUGUGUGCAAAAAUUAUUCACCUGUAUCAUCAUCCAGGCUGUGGAGGAACUACUUUGGCCAUGCAUAUUCUCUGGGAGCUAAGAAAGAAGUUCAGAUGUGCUGUGCUGAAAAAUAAGACAGAGGAUUUCUCAGAAAUUGGAGAACAGGUGACAAAUUUAAUCACCUAUGGAGCAACCAGCCGUCAGGAGUACUUACCUGUGCUGCUCCUUGUUGAUGAUUUUGAAGAGCAAGACAACGUCUACCUUCUUCAGGCCUCCAUUCAAACUGCUGUUGCCAACAAACAUAUUCGAUAUGAGAAGCCUCUGGUGAUCAUUCUAAAUUGCACAAGGUCACAAAAUCCUGAGAAAAGUGCAAAGGCCCCAGACAGUGUCGCUCUAGUCCACCAACUGUCUGACAAAGAACAGAGAGCAUUUGAGCUUAAGUUGACAGAAAUCAAAGAACAGCAUGAAAACUUUGAAGAUUUUUAUUCCUUUAUGAUCAUGAAAACAAAUUUUAACAGAGAGUACAUAGAAAAUGUGGUCAGGAACAUUCUGAAAGGGCAAAAUAUCGCCACCAAGGAAGCAAAGCUGUUUGCUUUCCUAGCUCUUCUUAACGCGUAUGUACCUGAUACUACCAUUUCCCUUUCACAGUGCGAGUACUUCCUAGGCAUCUCAAACAAGAAGGCUUUCUGGGGCACAGAAAAGUUUGAAGACAAGAUGGGUACCUACUCUACAAUUCUAAUCAAAUCAGAGGUGAUAGAAUGCGGGAGCUACUGCGGAGUGCGUAUCAUUCACCAUGAGAUUGCCACUGUCUCUCUGGAAGAAUUGAAGAGAAGCUACAAUUUAAACAAAAGUGAAAUUGUGAUGAAUAUGCUCACAGAAAAUUUAUUCUAUGACAUGGGUAUAGGAAAAAGCAAGUUUUUCCAAGACAUGCAGACACUGCUGCUCACAAGACAGCGCAAUGAGCAUGAGGGCGAGACAGGAAACUGGUUCUCCCCAUUCAUCGAAGCAUUACAUAAAGAUGAAGGAAAUGAUGCAGUAAAAGAUGUAUUACUUGAAGCUACCCGGAGGUUCAACCCCAAUGCAUUCAUUUGCCAAGCCUUAGCAAGACAUUUCUACCUUAAGGAGAAGGACUUUAAAAAUGCUCUAUUUUGGGCAAAACAAGCAAGAAACAUAGAGCCCAAUAAUUCCUACAUCUCAGAUACACUAGGUCAAGUCUACAAAAGUAAAAUAAGAUGGUGGAUAGAGGAUAAUAUGAGAAAUAGGAGUAUCUCAGUUGAUGAUCUGACUGAUCUUUUAGAAUCAGCAGUGCAUGCAUCAGAUGCUUUCAGAGAUUCUCAACAGCAAACUGAAGACAGAGAAUAUGAAGGGAAAGAAUGGCUGAAUCAAAAGUCAAAAAGGAGGUAUGACACUUACAACAUAGCUGGUUAUCAAGGGGAGAUAGAAGUUGGACUCUUCACUAUCCAGAUCCUCCAACUCAUUCCUUUUUUUGACAAAAAAAAUGAACUAUCCAAACGAGAUAUGAUCAACUUUAUAUCAGGAAAUCGUGAUAUCCCAGGGGAUUUAAAUGAAUUUAAGAUAGCACUCAAGAACUUUAUUCCUUAUCUAACUAACCUUCAAUCUUCUUUGAAGAGAUCCUUUGAUUUUUUUGAUGAUUACUUUGUCCUUCUAAAACCUAGAAACAAUAUAAAGCAAUAUGAAGAGUCUAAAAGUCGGAGAAAGUUGGUAGGGUACUUUAGGAGAUAUGUAGACAUAUUCAGUCUCUUGGAAGAAUCACAAAAUCAAAAUUUUAGAUCAAAACUCACUGUACCUCUUCAAGUAGAAAGGAUCCGGAGAACCCUGGAAGCUUUAAAAGCAGACAAGUUUUCUGGACUCUUAGAAUACCUUAUCAAAAGUCCACAAGAGGCUGUGGGAUCCAUGGAACAUAUAGUGAACCAAUACACAUACCUUCUUGAGCAGUGUGUUAUCAAAACCCAGCAAAAGGAAAAGCAAAAUUUUAUCUUGGCCAACAUCAUCCUCUCUUGUAUUAACCCAACCUCAAAAUCAGUGAAGCCAAUUAAGAAACUGAAAGAGCAGCUUCGAGAGAUCCUGCAACCAAUUGGUCUGACUUACCAAUUUUCAGAACCUUAUUUUCUCGCUUCUCUUUUAUUCUGGCCAGAAAACCAACAACUAGAUCAAGACUCUAAACAAAUGGAAAAGUAUGCUCGGGCACUGGAAAAUUCCUUCAGGGGGCAAUAUAAACGUAUGUAUCGCACAAAGCAACCAAUUGCAUAUUUCUUUCUUGGGAAAGGCAACAAUAGAAACAGACUUAUCCACAAAGGAAAAAUUGAUGAAAGUUUUGAAAAAGUAUCUGAUAUCAAUUCCUGGUGGCAUAGUGGAAAAGUAUGGGAAGAGAAGAAAGUCCAGGAUCUUUUGGUUCGUUUACAGGGACGAGCUGAAAACAACAAUUUAUACAUAGAGUAUGGAAUCAAUGAAAAAAUCACAAUACAAAUUACACCCACUCACUUAGGCCAACUUAGAAGUGGAAGAAGCAUAGAAAAGGUAUCUUUUUAUCUAGGGUUUUCCAUUGGAGGCCUUCUUGCCUAUGACAUUAAAAUUGUUUAAGAUCUUGGGUUUCUCUAUCGACAAGUGUAGCUCUAGUAUCAUCUUUUUUUUCUUUAAUUUAUUUAUAAAUACAGCUCAGUAAUUCUGUGUAGUGGAAAUGGAGCUAGUAGAAGAAAAUCAAGGCUGAGCCUCAGGAUAUUUCUGUGUAAUGGGUACACAGAAUCCUUUUUACUCUUCCCUCUGUAUAACUAUAUUGUCAGGAAAUUAUUCUAAAACUUCUACAAAAUAAAAUUAAAACAAAA